AUGGACUCGAGAGUUCUUCCCUCCUUCACCUCUACCUCCUCGCAUCCUUCCUUCCCCUCCAUAGCCCACCGUCCUCUCUCCCUUUCCUUCCCAGCCCGUCUUCUCCGCAGCGGCUCUAGGGUUUCUGCGCCUUCUUCCCAGGGAGCCCAGAGCUCGCGACAAGGCCACCCCUUCCAUGGCUCUCUGCCCAUCCACUCCAAGAAUCCGCACGCCGUCUGCAAGGACAUCCAGAGGCUCGCCAGACAGGGGCGGCUCAAGGAGGCCCUCACUCUUCUGGACUACUUCGAGCAGAGGGGGGUUCCCGUCAAUGCCACCACCUUCUCUUGCCUCCUCUCCGCCUGCGCCCGCCUCAAAUCGCUCUCCGAAGGCAGGCAGAUUCACGCCCAUAUCAGGAUCAAUGGCCUCGAGAGGAACGAGUUCCUCCUCACGAAGCUCGUCCAGAUGUAUGCAUCCUGCGGGUCCCCCGAGUACGCCCAGAAGAUCUUCUCCGAUCUCUCGCCGGAGAAUGUGUACACCUGGAAUGCCCUGCUGAGAGGCAGCGUGGUGGGCGGCCGACGAUGGAGCCACAGGACCCUCUCGGCCUUCUCGGAGAUGCGGGAGAAGGGCGUCGACCCAAAUGCCUACAGCUUCUCCUGCUUGAUCAAGAGCCUCGCAGGUUCCCCUUCCCCCGUCCAGGGGAUGAAGGCCCACGCCCUCAUGAUCAAGAAGGGCCUCCUCCAUUCCUCUGAGAUGCUCCGCACAAGCCUGAUCGACAUGUACUUCAAAUGCCGCAAAAUCAGGAUGGCCCUGAAGCUGUUCGACGAAAGUCCCCACAGGGACGUCGUCCUCUGGGGUGCUGUGAUCGCCGGGUUUUCUCACAAUGGCUUGUGGAGGGAGGCGUUAGAGUAUCUGAGAUGGAUGACCCGCCAUGGCGUAGCCCCUAAUUCAGUCAUACUCGCCACGGUGCUCCCCGUGGCCGGAGAGCUGGGCGACCAGAAGCUCGGGAGGGAGCUCCACGGGUACGCAAUGAAGUACUUCAGGGACUUCCAGAAGUGGCCGUUUAUUCACUCGGCGCUGGUCGACAUGUACUGCAAGUGCGGCGACAUGGCCUCGGGGCGACGCGUGUUCUACGGCUGCGCCACCAGAACCGCCGUCUCCUGGACCGCGCUCAUGGCGGGGUACAUCUCAAAUGGCAGGCUCGAGCAAGCUCUCAGGGCCAUCGUCUGGAUGCAGCAAGAAGGGCUCAAGCCGGACGUCGUCUCGGUGGCCACAGUUCUUCCCGUCUGUGCCAAACUGAGAGUGUUGAAGCAGGGGAAGGAGAUCCAUGGCUACGCCCUGAAGAACGGGUUCCUGCCCAACAUCUCCAUCGCCACUUCCCUGAUGACGAUGUACUCGAGCUGCGGGAGCUUGCAGUAUUCUUGCAGAGUGUUUGCCGGCCUGCAGAGGAGGAACGUGAUUGCUUGGACGGCGAUGAUCGAUUCCUUCGUGAAGAACGGUCGCCCACACGCCGCGUUGGAUAUCUUCAGGUCAAUGCUGCUGUCUGAUAGGAAGCAUCGCCCCGAUUAUGUUUCCAUGGGCAGGAUCUUGAGGAUCUGUGGCGAACUGGGAGCUCUGAAGCUCGGAAAGGAGAUCCAUGCGCAGGUUCUGAGGAGGAGGCUCGAGUGGAUCCCCCUGGUCGCGGCAGAGCUCGUAACCAUGUACGGCAAGUGUGGGGUGGUGGAGACGGCGAGGGCAUUGUUUGACCAGGUGGGCUCCAAAGGGUCGUUGACCUGGACCUCGAUCAUCGAGGCCUACGGGAUCAACGGGCGGAACGAGGACGCUCUGGGUCUCUUUGACCUAAUGCUGUCUUCUGGGUUCGCGCCGAAUCGCUUCACCUUCGACGUGGUGUUAUCUGUUUGUGAAAAUGCUGGGUUGACCGUGGAGGCCCUCAAGGCGUUCGACAUUUUGACCGGGAGGUUCAAUCUGAAGCCUUCCGAGGGGCAGUACGACUGCAUCAUCGGCCUUCUCGAUCGGUCAGGUCGCAGAGAAGAGGCGCAGAGAUUUCUCCUUCUCAGAUCUGCCGCAGGGGGUCGUCCCCUGUGUGAAGUCAACGCGAAGUCAGAACCCAUCGUCUGUUCCACUCUUCCCGCCUCUUAG